ACUUCCGGCGGCGCCAUUAGUCCACCUCUUCGGCGGCGGUAGUUCCUCGUCAGUAGCAAGUGUGCGUGUCUCUUUUCGUUGGAACGGUGCUCGCGUCUUUUUUCACGCGCGCAUACAUUUCCGAAUCCACAAAAAAGCCGUCGCAUCGAGCCAGCAAGUGCCUGACUCACGCGCCGGACCAAGCAGUUGGACGAUCUUCCACUUUGCCAUUGUUUUUUCGUUGACUCCAAAAUGAACAAUCUGAAAAUGGUAUCACCCAGCUCACCGAGGAAGACAAAGAUCUUCGUGGGUAGGCUGCCAGAGAAUUGCCGUAGUGACGAGUUGCGCCACCUGUUCCUGCGCUUCGGCGAGGUGACCGAGUGCGAUGUGAUGAACCGCUACGGUUUCGUGCACAUGGCCCGCGAGGAGGAUGCAGCCGAGGCGAUAAAAAAUCUGCACAACACCGUGUUCAAAGGCGCAACCAUCAACGUCGAGCAGUCUACGGGCAAGUCGAGGGGCCGUCGAGACGACAGACGUGGUGGUCCCAUGCGAGGCGGCAGAGGAGGACGAGAUGGAGGCCGCGAUACUCGUCCCGGUCCGUAUAACGACAGGAGAGUGCUACCGAUCCACAACGUAGGCUAUGACGGUACAGCUGCAGGCGGUGGCGGAUACACAGACUACAAUCGUGGUGGAGGUGACUUCGGUGGCAGAAACGACUUCAGUGGUGGCUAUAACGACAGAGGUGGUUAUGGUCAGAAUGUCGGAGGCGCUGCCAUGGGAUACACUUCCACGGCACCGAUGGGUGGUUAUGGACCUGCUGGUGGUGCGGUUGGAGGCUAUGGUCCCCAAGGUGCUGUCGAUUAUGGCAGACAGGACUAUGGUAGAACGGCUGAAUUUGGCGCUCGAACAGACUACGCAAAUCGAGGAGAAUUCCCAAUGUGUGAUUACUCUGUGGCUGGUGGUGGCAUGGCCGGUGACUUCAAUAGAGCAGCCCCAGGUCCUGUCGAAUAUGGUCGCACCGAUAAUUUUGCCGCCGGCAGGGCCGACGCAUAUGCACCGCGUGCUGAUUACGACAGAACAGCUGCUGGUCCUAUGAGGAAUGGCAGUGGUGGUGUUGCAGCUAGUGGCUAUGGCGGUGGAUAUGGUGAAGUUGGACCAAUGAGUGGAGCACCAAACUACAAUACUGCAGGACCUACUGGUUAUAAUGCUCCUGGUCCUGGACCACAAGCAGAUAUGUUCAGUCGAAGAGCUGGAGGUACUGUUCCUCCUAGUGGUGGAUACCAAGUUGGAGGGUACACAGAGGGAUAUGAAAGAGCAGAUCCAUAUGGACCCCCACGUGGUGGUGGUCGCUUCCCAGGCCCGACAGAACCGAUGCCUCCGAGGUACUAAUUUAUCGAAAGUACCUACAUUUAUAAGCGAUAAAUAACACGCACGCAACACAUGGCAAAAUAAGUUUUAAUUGCCGAUAAACAAAUACAUAGGCGGUUAAUGUGCGCGAACUUAAAUCUACAUACAUACACAACGUCCCUCUCGAAAAAAAAAACCAGCCCGCUUACCUUAUUGCAGUUUCACUCGUUUACAUGUGUAAUAUAUAACUAUAAAUGCCUAAAUUCAACACUAAUUGUAUAAACGAAGCUGACGAUCGAAUUAGAGCUUAGAUCAAUGGUUGGGUGUGGAUAACGAAUUAAAUAUAUGCAAGAAUCAUUAAAAAGUUUUGUGAAGAGUAAUUCGAGAGAUUUUGCGUGGGAGCAGAAUGUGGACGAGAACAGAAACCAUUCGACUUCUAUAAUAGAAAUUUAACAUUUUUAUACUGUUGAUUUUUUUGAGAAAAAAACAAGAGGAUUGACACAUAAACACAAAAAAUACUGUAAACACUUUAAAGAAAAGGAAAGCACAUGUGAGCAUUCGUUUCGGCGAACGUAACGUAAUGGUCAAAAAAGAUUUAUAUAAAGCAAGAUAAGAAUUUUGUCUUCUUUAGAGAGGUACACAUAAAUUUAUCUAGAGUGUUAACAGCGAAAAUUGAGUUCAUAUUAUUUUACUUUCUAGUUUAGUGUUAUUUGAUAUUAUGGACACAACUGUGUUUAUAGAGUUGAUUGAUGUAUGAUUUCCGUCUUUUCUUUUUUAUGUAUGUAAGAAACUGAAAGAAGUGUUUCAAACUGAAUAAUCUUCAAUAAAAUGAGAGAAAAUGCUUAAUCUGCUUUCAUUAAAGAAAUCGUG